AUGAGUAUAUUAUCGCUAUUUCAUAUUUGUUCUCCAUUCUUAAGAUCAAACUGUUUAGAGAAAGAAGAAAUUUAUGAAAAUUUCAUUUGUUCAGUCUGCUUAGACUUAUGUGAUACACCAGUGAUAACAUUAUGCAACCACAUAUGUUGUUAUAAAUGUAUGUAUUAUUCUCUACUUCAUAAAAGGAAUUGUCCAAUAUGUAAGCAAAUAAUUAAACAUAAUAAUUUAAAAAAAAUAACAGGAAAACAAAAGAAGGAAUAUGAAGAAAUAAGAAUUAAAUGCCAUUUAUGUAAUGAGAAAAUAAAAAUUAAGGAUUACAAAACACAUAUAAAUAUAUGUGAAUAUAAAAGAUGUAAGAAUUAUAUAUUAGGUUGUGAAUAUUAUGAUAAGAAAAGUAAAAUAAAAUCCCAUGAACAAUCAUGUGAGCAUAGAUUAAUAAGCUGUUCCAGUUGUUCAAACUUAUUUUAUUUCAAAAAUAGAAUUUUUAUGCUUACCUUAAAAGAAAAGUAUCAAUUAAAUAUGCGUUUUUCUUUUACUUAUUAUUCUUUUUAUUAUAAUUUAUUAAUGAAUACAAAUUUUAAUCGUCUUAAUUAUCUAAAUAAUAUAAAGCAUCACCCUACAAUUAAUAACAACAAUAAUAAUUAUAGUACUAAUAAUAAUUAUAUAUCAAGAAAAAUAAAUAUUCUAAAGAAUUUACAACAUUCAUUAGAUCACAUUCUUUGUCCAUCUGUAUCAAUUGAUACUACAACUACUACUUCUUCUAAUCAUACAAAUAGUUCGCUAAAUAAAGAGAAUGCGUAUAUACAACAGGAUAUACCAACAAACAACAUAUCAAGGAAUAGUACAAAUAUCAAUUUUUUACAAAAUCAAGAUCCUUCUUCAAUACAUAAUAGACCAUUAAAUGAAGUAUCUAGAGAAAUAUAUGAACAUAAUUACCAUCAUAAUAAUUAUAAUAAUAAUAAUGAUGAUGAUGAUAAUGAUAAUAAUUCUAACCGAUUAAAUAGUUCAUAUUCCAUAGAAUAUAAUAACAUAAGUGUAAAUCCUUUAGAGAACAUUUCUAUUGAAUCUCGUGAAAAAAGAAAGAAAAAAAAAACAACAAAAAUAAAUAAAUAUAAUUUUAAUGAUCUUAAUUCUAAAACUCGAAAUAAUGGAUUAAAACAUAUUGAUCAAUUAAGUGAUGUUAUUGAAAAUGAUAAUUCUUCAAAUUGUGAAGAAUUUUUAAAUAUUUUGCCCUUGAGAAAAAAUUUUAAUUUUAAAGAUAAAAAUAGUAAAGAUAUCAUAACCAUAAUAGAAGAAUUAUUUCAAUUUGAUAAUAUAGAUUUAAGUAAUAUCUAUAUAGAUAAUCGAGAAUUUUUUCUAUGUGAUAAAUCAUGUUUUACUAAUACUAUUAAAAAACUUAGACAAGAAUUAGAAAGGUCAUUAGUCUUAUUAUAUUUCUGUUGUUGUGUAGGAAUGCCUGUUAUGUUUACACUUGGUUGCAUUAGUUAUGUUGUAACUAAGGGUGUCUUUAAAUUUUCAUAUAUAGUAACUAAUACUAUUAUAAAAUUAUCUCAUAAGUUUUUUUUAAAAAUAUUCAAUAUAUAA